AUGACACGACCACGGCCGCUCAUGCGAGCCAAGCAAUUGGCGCUGGACGACGGCCCCGAGUCGCAAGACAGCCAGGCGAUUCUCGACGCUCUCAAGGCUGAGUUCGGUGCUGCAGUGCUUCACGGGCCCCUUGAAUCGCCGCCACAGCCCGGGACACAGAGCGAGGAUGUGGAUGUGAACGCGGGAAGAGGCGCCGCAGAAGAGCGUGAAGAGCGGCACACCGACAACGGAGCCGAGGCUGGCGAUUUGGACAUUUCAAGCUCGGCGAGACGAAGCGCACGCUGGCUAGAAAACAGCUUCAAGAAGCAAUCCAUUGAUACGCCACACCGCAGUGAUGCGAGUAAUCCUGCAGCCGAAAUUCACAGAGUGGGACGCGAAGCACCCCAGACUCACCAACCACCAGCACGGCCAAGGCUCAGCGAACAGGACCUGGAUGAUGCCGUCGUAGCUGAGAGCAGCCCGUUCGGCCGAAACGCACGUUCCUCAUCCUCUCCACGCAAUCGCGACAACACGAAUCAGAGCCACAGCGACAACACCCCUACCAUGCCAAUUGGCGCUGGUAGGUCGCAAAUGGGGGGAGCCAUGGACAUCUCACAGCAGACGCCCACGCAGGUCAAUGUGGAACGAGACUAUGACCGAUUCUACCAACCGGUAGAGUCCAGCUCUCUACCCGACACGCUGCAUGUUGAUGACACCGGCGCAGUCAACUUUGGGAACUUGAGCCCUGGUGCCCGUCCGUCAUCUCAAGUCUCUGAAGAUGCAGGCUUCGAAAAUACUCGUGGCGAGUGGAGGGCGCCAGAUGCGACCUCGCAGCACCGGCCAAGUAGUGGUUAUACUCCCUUCAAGCCCGCCGGCCUUCCUCCAGAAACGCCGGUACCGCCUAAGAAUCCCUUUGCUAUUCAGAACGAUGCGAAUGGUGGUGUUCCUUUUGCAGGCACACAGCUCUUUGAGCAAACGCCCAUGGUAACCUCCGCCAUUAAACUCCAUAGUCCCACAUCGUCCCGACCGUCGCCGGCCAUGUUGCUCGACACAAUUUCGCUGAAUGUUAUGGGGACAUCUCCUCUGAAAGCACGCGCAAAUGUCUCUUCACCGACUGUUGCACAUACAUCAAGCCCUAGCCGCGCAAACAACAUUCCGACGAGCACACACAAGCCCAAAGUGUCCCCAAUCCAAGAAGAGGCCUUAGAUGAGGGUAGAGAACAUCGAGAUGACAUGAUACCAGAAUCACCGACUAUUCAGCCAUCGAAACGACACGGAAACCGACAGCCUCUAGCACACUAUGAGCCGAUGAAGAAAUCUCAAGAUCGUAAAGCAGUAGUGGACAUGCCACAACUGCAAUUGGGUAUUGAUAGCGAUUCGGACGAUGCAAUCAUAAGGAUGAGACGUAAGAAAAGGAUGAAUAAAAUAAGACUACAGACAGCGGAGGAGAUGGAGAAGGUGAUGGUGCAGAUACCUCCACAGCGAGAUGCGGGCGAAAGUCGGAACCGAAAACGAAGAAGGCUAUCUUCAAGCAUUGAUGAAGGAACGCUUCCAAGUCAUCACAAUCAAAGUCCAGAAAGAAUGGAGCUUGCCAGUCCAGAUGGCGGAUUGCGCAGUUCUCAGAAAGGAUCAAGUUUGCCGGGGCAGAUUUUGUUAGCUGAAUCGACAAAGGCAACGCCCCGAGACGAUGCGGCUGCGCCAUCAAAGCAUAGUAGCAAAGGAGCCUCGAAUACUAAACCGGGGAGAAGCAAAUAUGACGCUUCUGAGGAAAUGAUUCCUGCUACUAGUCCUGUCAGAUCCUUCCCAGCGGGAGCUCGGCGCGAUGUGCCGGUAGCCUCUGAGCCUGAGCCGGAGCUUCCAGUAUUAGCUAAGGAUGGAUCUGCAGAAAACGAGGCCGAAGAUGAUAUUCAGACAUCUUCACUCCCUCCACCACGUCGACAUGCGCAGAGAUUAUAUGGAAGUCGAGCACAAAGCAGUCGCCGAAGCAGGAUUAUUACUUCUUCAGAGACGAAUGAGAGAACGUCGGUCGAACCGGAUGUUCAGGCACAUAAGAGAGCCUUGCCGAGUUCCAGUAAUGCAACUAUUGUUCCUGCCAGGACUGGGACAGCAGAAACAGAAAAUAUUGAACCUAGGGUGUCAAAGACGGACUCUGCAGCUGCAAUACCAACAGCAAUUCGAACUUUGAGACGCGACAACAAAAUGCCGCUCACACCGGUACGGCCCCGUAGAGCUGAUCGAAAGAAUCACACAUCAUCUAGCUUAACAACUUCAUCAACGCCCGCGGCCUCGGACAAAACUACGCCAGAUACACCAUCUUCCCCCGUAUCUGACCAGCCGGAACUCAAGGCUGCUACGUCGUCUUCUCCUGCGCAGGGUCGAAAGAUGAGAUCUAGAAAAUCGGAAAGGACAUCAUCAAAGGACAAGCCUCCACAGCAAGCUUCCAAAGCUUUAAGAACAAGUAUCCGGUCUCUUCUACACGAGCCGAGUUCUACAGAUGAGCUGCAACAGUCGCCGUCUAGCAGUGUUCUUGAGUCAGGGGUUUCCUCACUGAGGUCGAGUAGAAUCUUCAAACAAAGCGUUGGAUCCACUUUCCGUGGACGAAGAUUAUUUGAGGGCAUGGCCUUUGCAAUAUCCAUGUCACCUGACAAAAAGAAUGAAAAGACCCGUGCUAAUAUAGAGGCAAAGAUCAAGCAAGCCGGUGGUGUAAUUCUGGAAUCAGGAUUUGAAGAAUUAUUUGAGCCCACUACGGUAAUGAGCACCUAUAACGUACCAAGUACGGAUGAUGGAGAACCUCUUAGCUUAUCCAGCUCUUAUCUAAACUAUGGAUUCACCGCCCUGAUUGCAGACACACAUUCCCGCAAAGUCAAAUACAUGCAGGCAUUGGCUCUAGGACUGCCUUGUCUAGCAUACCAGUGGAUAGUAACAUGUCUCAACAAAGGAGUUCUGAUUGAUUGGGAGCCCUAUCUCCUUGCAGCAGGAUCAUCUGCCAUCCUAGGUAAUGCAGUAAGGUCGAGAUGCUUACGCCCAUACGAUGCUGAAGUUGCAAGGCUUGUAGAAAUGAUUGACAAGCGGCCAAAGCUACUUGCGGCCGAAAAGUUGCUCGCUGUCGUGGAUGACAAAAGGGCUCGAAAUGAAGGGAAAAGGAAAAAGAACGACUUGGAGAAGCAGCCAUAUCUGUUUCUCGCUCAGGCACUGGGGCCUUCAAUUUCUUGGGUUUCGACGAUACAGCAGGCUCGCGAAAUGCUAGAGGCACAAGGCAAGGCGGGUGAGCCAUUUACCUGGAUAUAUAUGGAUGAAUCUAUAGGCUCUGUUGAAUCAGUGCUUGCGAAGCCGGAAUUAGCCGGCAAGAAACGGAGAAGAUCCCAAGGAUUACCAGCAGCGAAAAAUGUUCGUGUGCUGUGUGAUGAGCUCAUGAUUCAAAGUCUCAUCCUUGGAAGGAUAGUGGAAGAAGAUGAAAUGUAUGACGCGGGGUUGAAAGGUUGAGCAGUUAUAUCCUAUAACUUGGCGUUUUUGGAUUAUGGAAAAAGGAUAUUUAUUUUACGGUAUUGGAUGCGGUAAUGUAUAGCACGGAAAAGUGCGCUUCAAGAUGGUACUGGAAAGACUUGGUCUAAAAGCAGGGAGUUGGUUUAAAAGACUCAAUGAGGCUCUUUGUCUAGCUGUGUUUGUGGUGUUGAAUUGAAUACGAAUUGGUUUAUUGUUGGUGGAAGGCUACGUUGAUCCUUAUUGGACUAAUCGCUUGGCUUGCUUGAAGAGAGCCCAGGAUAUGGAUUACAACUGCUAUUUAACGCUAAUUCAUCUUAGCUGACAAGUCGCUUUCUUCUUGUUGUGAACCAAUCACUUCCACUUGAUGCAAUCCAUGUCCUGGUAUAAGUCGUAU